CUCCGCUGCCGCUAAGCAAACGAAAUUUUUAAUUCGAAUUAGUUAAUUUACUAUAGUUUAUUGCAAUUAUUAUUAAUUAAAAAAUAUACAACCACUUAACCACUUCUUCGACGAACUGCAACAAUAACUUUACUUGAAAUAUUUAAGUGUAAUCGAAUUGUGUGUAAAGAAUACUAGUUGAAGCAUAAAACAUAAUAAAAAGAAAGCAAUUUAACGAACUCUUUUAAAUUAAAUAAACGCAAAGAAUUCUGCUCCACAUACCGAACAAUUUUUGAGUAAAACUGUACGCGCGCAGAUAUACUAUAAUUAACAUAUUGACGUCAUUGCAAAAGCAAAAUCAAAAGGCGAAAAUAUACACUGCAAGAAACAGUCUAAAACAAACAAACAAACACACAAACAAACGAGCAACAAAGAGUAAAUAAACAGUUGAAUGUAUGUUUGUAAUUAAGUAGCGGAGCAGCGAAAAAAACAAUAUUUCUCAUGUCAAUUACAUGACAUGCCAGAACUUGGUCGAAAAGUUUGCGCAAAGACUGCUAUCCAAGGAUUUUGAAUGUAAAUGCUAACCCCUGAAUUGAAUUCAGAGAUGCAAACUUGAGCUGUCGCCUGACCAUUUAGAAUGUUGUGAGACUUUCGUUAAGGUCGGACCAUAAUACAUCACAAUACAUAUGCAUAGAAUUUUGAAACGAUAGCGGCAUAUUUUCAUAUAAAAACCAUUAACGAAAAACCCCUAAAAAAUGGCUGAAAAUACCAUUGAAACGACCUCUAGCAAAGGAUUAGAAGAGAAUUCCGCACACAUAUUGACGCCUCAUAAUGGCGCAGUGCGAAAGUUGGCGCCGGAAAGAGGGCCCAACAGUAAACAGAGCUUCCAGGCGAACAAUAGGCACGAGAAUGUGCCCCCCGUUGGGCGCCAUAAGGAAGAUUGGGAGACAAUUGUCUUGGGCAAGAACAAAUUGAAACGCAAGAAGAAGCUAAGCGCUUCAUUGACCUCAGUGGGGGAUACGGUUAAUCAGGAGAAACGCACACGCAUCGAGGGCAUCCAAUUGAAUUGUCGCGGCAAGUUGCGCCCCAGAGAUACAAACACAUUUGAGCAUUCGGCCCACAAUUAUAAUAGCGCUGCGACAAAGGUGCCCGCAAACAAACAAGCCUCCCCCACCAAGAAAGUGGAACGCCCGGUCCUCGUAGGCGGCGUUAUCACAACCAAUGUAUCGAAUACCACACCGCAGCGCUUCAAGCGCAAAAUGCAGGAAAGUCUGGACACCAUCCAGAAGCUAAACGCCCUCACCGAGCAGCUACGACUGGAAAUCAACGAACUAAAGUCCAGUCUAAUAACCGAACGAAGCGCCGUAAGGGCACUGAGGGCGCAAAACGAUGCCGAUGGUCGCAAAUGGAGAGCCGAGGUGAAGAAACUUCAGAAAAGCAAUCCGCCCACACCACAGAAGAAGGCCCAAGACUUGGCCAACGGAGAGUUGAGCACAAGCACGAGUAUAUCGGCCGAUGGCCUCAUUAACUAUGAAAUUCAAAGACUGACAAACGAGAUUGCCGCGCUAAAGGAAGCGAAUAGAACCAAAGAGGAGAAAUGCCAGAUAAAUGGCGAGGCUGAUAGACGCAAGGCCGCCGAUAUGCGUACAUUAAAAAAUGCAUAUGAAAUCCGAUUGACUCAAAUACAGAAAUCGGCCAAAAUUGAAAUAACACGUUUGCUAGAGGAAAUCAAGACCAAAGAACGUAAUAUAGGACAACUUAAGAAGGACCUGCAAGUGUUGCACAACAGCAAGAAGCAGAGUGAGCAACUACAACACCAGCAACAACAAGAAAAACAAACUAAAAUAUCAACGACGAAAACAAAAACGAACGAAAAGCCAAAGAAACCCACGAAUGCAAUCAAAACCAAAAACGAAACAGAUACAAGCCAGGCUCAAGUUACAAGUGAGAUAACCCAACUCAAGAAUAUUGAGCUAAUCAAUAAUACGAAAAAUGUGCAAAAAUCUCUUGAAAUGCGUACAACAAAAUCACAAACGGGUCCAAACCGCCCAACCACUGGAGGAAAUGAGCAAAAGACAUGAGCAACUGAUAACCACUGAUGGAUCUAAAAUGUUGAAAAAUGUAAAUCAUUCUUCCAUUUCCAAUACUCUAUCUUGCAGGACAAUAAUUCAGAUACGGAUUCUGCUUUGUCAUCGGCGCCACCAUCGAUAAGCCCGCAACCGCCCUCAACUGGCUCGGAUAGCGUCAAAGAUCUGGAGAAGUUGCAGAAGGAGGUGGAAAUGUAUCACAAGGAAAAUGAGCGCUUACAAACGGAACUGCAAUUGAUGAAACAGGAGCUGGUAACGGCCGAGAAGGCGGCCCUAGAGGCCAACAAUAAUGCGUAUAUUAAUGAACUGCUUGAGCGGAUCAAGAAACUGGAGGAGCACGAAUUGAAGCUAACGGCGGAAACGAAUGAGUUGCGUGAACAAAACGAACUGCUUGAGUUUCGAAUACUCGAACUGGAGGAUGAUAAGACGGACGAUAGUUGCGAGGGCCAAUGCCAACGGCUGCAAACCCUGCUACAGGACUCCAUCCUGGACGAAAAGGACAAACGUGGUCUGCAGCAGCUGCUUCAGUGUGUGCAACAAUUACAUUUCGAUAUGGAUUUCAUUACAGAUCUAGAAUCGGCCAAAUCGGAGCAACGUUUGAUAACGACAGCCAACAACAACAAUAGCAACAGCAGCAGCAGCAACAACAGUCCAGCCAAGCCGAAUUACGGAACGGUUAACAAUCGAAUUGUUGCCACCGUACAGCCAUACAACAACAGCGCAUCGGGCUGUGGUACGCCGCAGGACUCGCCCAGGAAGCUGCGACAGGCCUGGCAGAGCAACAGUCUCAGCGAGAGCGGAGUUUUCGUGGAGUGUGACUUUGCAGGCGAGCCUUUGUCGAGCUUGGAUCGAAGCACAGGCACACAAACUGAAGUCCAACAGCAAAGCUUGGAGGCCAACGAUUUCAAACGCCUGCAGUACUACAAGGAGCGUUUGGAACUGCUGGAGCGGAAGGUGCUGAUCUACGAGAGCAGUGGAGACAUACAGGCCAAGCACUUGGCCGAUCGUCUGCAGCGCGAAGUGCAGCUUGAGAAGGAGCUGAAGGAGCUCACGGAUCGUGUGGAGUGUCUGCUGCAUGAGAACUCACUGCUUGAGGAGGAGAAGUGCGAGUUCGAGGAGGCCGAUAACGAUUCGCGCUUGCGGCUGCAACGCACAGAAGUGGAAUUGGAAAUUCUGCGGCAACGCAACGUUGAGCUAGAAUUCUCCAAGGAGGCGCUGGGCGCCAAAUACAAAGACUGUCGGGCCGAGUGUAUCAUUCUGCGCGAGGAUUUGGGCACUUUUGAGACACAAGUUCGUAAUCUAGAGGCAGACAGACAACGAGCUAAACAGCAUUUGGUAAACUUGCGCAGAUCCUUGCCAUUGUUCUUGUUAUGUCGUUUAUGGGCAUUGGCCAGAAUGGGUAAUGAAGUAUCUAUGGAGGAGCCACGCACUCCGGCUGGCUCUACCGAACCGACCAGAAAGAGCCCGAGUCCUAGUCGGGACGCCACCAAUAUUCGACCAAGUGGCGGCACUGACAACAGCAUUACUCGUGAAGUUUCCUACCUGAAGGAGGAGGUUAAGAGUCUACGUUGCCAGAUGAAGGAUCUUAACACGCGCCACUACGAGGCCAUGGAGACGGCCGAUUCACACUGGGUGGAUCUGGAGCGCGAAUACAAACAGCGAGAGGAGGCCUAUCGCGCCAAAGAGGCUUGCCUGAAGCAGAAAAUAGCCCGUCUGCGAUGUCUACGUGAAGAUUCACGCGCAGCUGCCGAGAAAAUACAACAGCUGGAGGAGACCGAACAAGGCCUUAAAACUUGCCUCGUGCGUCUAACAAAAGAGCACCGGGACUUACUCGAAGAGCACAAGGGGCUUCAAGCACAAAUCGAGUGCAACAAAGCGCAACAGGAACAGGAGGCGGAGGAGCAAAGACCACUAGCGGAGGCGUUGGAGAACGAGAAGCGACGCAGUCAAGCACUCAUUGAUGACUUGUCCUUCUCCAAGAAACUGCAACAGAACACCGAAGAGCAACUGAAGCAAGAGACAGAUACACUGCGUCAGCAGAUCUUCGACAUGAAGAAGGAAUUCCUACAUAUCGAGGUAACCAAUGGUGAACUAAAGGAGGAGGUUGGCACGCUAGAGUGCAAAAUAUGUGAAAUGCUGUGCCAGCUGAAGGCAGCAGAGGACCGCGAACAUUGUCUAGAGGAUGAGCUGCGCACCAAAGAGGAAUAUAUUCAGGAAUUGGAGCGUAAGAUGGGCACUUGUCCAGAGGGCUUUAGCCUCGCCGACGAAUUAUUCGAUAGUCCAGCCAAGCGUGCCAGACGUGAAGAAAUACAGGACUUACAGUCUGCUAGCCAGGGAUUGGGUUGUGCGUUACGCGACUUAGAGCGGCGCGAACGCGAACUACCCACACAUCGAGACUUCCAGGCCAUUGCUUGCGGCGUGAAGCAAUUGGCAGACACCAUACUCUACGCACAAAAUCCACCCGAAGAAGAGAAAGAGAAUGGCCAGCUUUGAUAUAUAUGCAGGAUGAGCGACUACCCCCACCUUUCGACUUCAGUUCCCGCACCCAGGACAUACAGACCGACCAAUCAUAUGUAAGGGAUACAUUGAAGCAAAACAAAAACACCGUGCGCAUUGCCGAUGAUCCCGUUAAGCCCUGGGAUCAAGAUGUAGAACGAGGCGGUAUUUGCUCCUCGGAGCUGGCAGUGAACAACAAACCAUCACAGACUGAGACUUCUUUUAUAUACGAACGUUAUAUGCGCCUCCGCUCAAAUCAGAGGAGCA